UUAGAGGCUCUCUUUAAAGUUGCGAUGGCGCUUAUGAAACGUGCAUUGUUAAAUUAAAUACCAACGUGGCACUCACUCUCAAUGCACCCAACCAUCUCAGGAGAUGAAGUCAUCGAGGAUGAAGUUUGCAAAGAAGUUGAAAUCGAUCAGAGCUGCGGGGGAGUACCUGAAUCAGGAUCGGAUUCUGCAGGUGCUUUCAGCUGCAGAUGAGCUUCUUCCAAAGAUAUCUAAUCCUAUUCCCCAGAUUACAGCAGCUUCUUCUAUGAUCUGGAGGUCCCCUCACAUUGCCGAUACAACAUCGGAACUCGUGGAAAACGAGAAUAAAGGAGAAGCAGCUUCUGGGAACGAGGAGAACAUCCGUCCACCGGUAAAUCAAGAUAGCAAAACGGCGGCUGCUUAUGAAUCCGGUUCAGGUAUGGGGAGAAAGAGUUUGGGGUCUGGAUUCAGAAGACCUGAGUUGAAUUCAACCACACUCUUCGAUCCGAAGCUGCUCGAAGCCUUCGAAUUAGCUGUGGGUUGCUUUAGGAGAAUCAACGAUUUAUCCAGAAACCCCAAUCUCGAUCAAGACGAAGACGUUAUCGCCUUUCCCGCCGAUGAAAGCGGAAUGGAGAAAGUGAGCAUCGAGGAUGCCCUUCCUCCCCUCGACGACCUUGGGAUUGUAAACGCCAUCGCUGAAGAAGAGCCGCUAUUGGGAUUUGAGGAACGGUGUCCUCCUGGAGGAGAGGAGUCUGUUGUAUUCUACACAACUUCUCUUAGGGGAAUCAGGAAAACGUUCGACGACUGCAACAUGAUCCGCUUCCUCCUCGAUAGCUUUAAGGUCAAGUACUACGAGAGGGAUGUGUCGAUGCACAAACACUACAGGGACGAGCUUCGGAGAAUUUCAGCAGCAGCGGAGGGAACAGAGGUUUUGCCUCCGGUUCUGUUCGUGAAGGGGAGGUGCAUCGGCGGAGCUCAGAGGGUGUUGUGUCUGCACGAGCAAGGUAAGUUCAGGGCUUUGUUUGAGGGGGUUCCAGUCGCCGGAGAUACACCUUGCGGGAGGUGCGAUGGGUUUAGGUUUUUGAUGUGUGAUGGAUGCAGAGGUAGCAGACGGAUUGUCUCUAGUGAUGGUUCCAGGGUUCAGUGUUUGUUAUGUAACGAGAAUGGCUUGAUUGUCUGCCUUGAUUGCUCCUAGAUCUACCUUUUCUUCUUAUGUGUGUGUGUGUAUAUUUGGUUUCAUCGUUUAUUGAUUUUAUUCUUUUAAUGUGCUGUACCGAUUCUUUACACACAUACAUUAUGGUUCAUUUCUUAAGUAUAGGUUCUGAUUGUUUCUACUUUACCCUUGUUUUGUUUGCUCAAAAGAGUCCCG